AUGGACAGUCUUCUGGGGUUUUACAGGUUUCCCCAGGUCAGUUAUGGAUCCUCACUACCCAGCAUCAGUGACAACAUUCAGUUUCCAUCUAUCCUGGGCACCCUGACUAGUGACCUCAAGGCCUGUCGUGCAGUGACUCAGUUGGUAAUUCACCUUCAGUGGUCUUGGGUGAUCAUUCUAGCCCAUGAUGAUGACUUUGGGCAGCAGGCCAGCUCUCUGGCCAAUCAGGAGUUGAGCCCAGCUGGUGUGUGUAUUGAAUCCACAAUCUAUGUCUCUUCCCAUGAGUCCUUGAGGAAGAUAGAAGAGAUUUUCCAGAAGAUUCAAAAAUGCACAGCCAGAGCUGUUCUGGUUUUUCUAAACAUUGUCAAUUUCCAAAUAAUCCUGUAUGGCUUACUGGGCAUCCAUACUUCAGGCCAGGUCUGGGUCAGCAAGGACACUAUGCUCAUGGCUCUCGCCCUGACCAUUCCAGAUGUUUCCCAGGUACUGCAUGGCACAUUUGGCCUUCUGUUUCACAGCAGCAGGGCAAUUGGCUUCCCUGAAUUCCUUGCCAACCUGCGCCCCAGUCAGACUCCAGAGGAUAUGUUCAUAAAGAAGUUCUGGGAGUUCACCUUUGAUUGUGUAUGGUCUCACCAGAGCAGCACAGUGAGUGAGGGUGUCCAACAAUUGUGCUCAGGGAAUGAGAGUCUGAAAAACAAGCUGUACCCUUUCCAAGAAGUUAGUAAGAUGGAUGCUGCUUACAUAUGUGUCUAUAGCAUUGCCCAUGCCCUGCAGGACAUGAUAGAAGGUGAGCACCAGCAUGGGAAAGGUACAGACUCUCAGGACUUCCAUCCCUGGCAGCUUCUUCAUGCCCUCAGGAAGGUCCACUUCAAAACUCCUGAUGGAAGUGAAAUUAUGUUUGAUGUCAAUGGAGAUUUGGUGACAAAAUUUGACAUUUUCCAAGGGCAAAAGACCCCCCAGGGUGUAUUUCACUUGGUCCAUGUAGGAAUGAUAGACUCUCAAGUCUUUUCGGAGAAUAAAAUAUUGAUCCAUUUGAAGGAGGAUCUUCAAGUGAGUUGCCUGUAUGCUCAGUUGACUAUUUUCCUAGUGCCCACCUCUGUGUGCAGUAAAAGCUGCCUUCCAGGGUUCAGCCAAGUGCCUAGGCUGGGAGCCCCCCAGUGCUGUUUUGAUUGCAGUCCUUGCCCGGAGGGACAGUUCGCAGACCAAAAAGACAUGAAGACAUGUCUUCUGUGUCCCAAGGAGCAGUACUCGAGCGAUAGCAGAGACCACUGCCUGCCCAGGACAGAGAUCUUCCUGGCCUUUGAGGAACCUCUGGGAUUCAUGCUGGCUUUGGUGGCACUCUUCCUGUGUAGUCUGGCUGUCCUGGUCCUGGGAGUGUUCCUGAAGCACAGGGACACCCCUGUGGUGAGGGCCAACAACAGAACCCUCAGCUACUUACUCCUGGUGUCUCUUUCCCUCUGUGCCCUGUGUGCCUUGCUGUUCCUUGGACGCCCCAGUGUGACCACGUGCCUCCUCCGUCAGACCACAUUUGCUGUGGUGUUCACGGUGGCUGUCUCCUCCGUUCUGGCCAAGACUCUCACAGUGGUCAUGGCCUUCAGGGCCACCAAGCCUGGGGGCAGGAUCCGGGGUUGCCUGAACCCCAGAGUUUCCACCGCAGUGGUCCUCAUUGCUUCCUUCAUUCAGGUUGUUCUUUGUGGGGUCUGGUUGGCUACCUCUCCACCAUUCCCAGACAGGGAUGUGGUCUCGGAGCCCCAGCACAUCGUCAUCCAGUGCCAGGAGGGUUCUGGCACUGUCUUCUUCUGUGUUCUGGGCUACUUGGGGUUCCUGGCAGGGGGAACCUUCGCUGUGGCUUUUCUGGCCAGGGGUCUACCAGAUGUCUUCAAUGAGACUAAGUUCCUGACCUUCAGCAUGCUGCUCUUCUGCAGUGUCUGGACAACCUUCCUGCCCCUGUACCACAGUGCCCGGGGCAAGUCCACUGUGGCUGUAGAGAUCUUCUCCAUCCUUGCCUCCACUGCUGGGCUUCUGGGCGGCAUCUUCAUCCCCAAGUGCUACAUCAUCUUGCUGAAACCAGAGAGGAACACCCUUGUCUGGCUCAGGAAAGUCCACUAG